GUACAUUAUGUCUUCAUCGUCAAGUGAUGAGAAUUCAGAAUGUUUUGACUACAAUAAUAUAACUCCAUGGCCGAUGCAACCAUUGGUAUAUUGUACAAAUGUGCCGUACCGUGAGAGACCUAAAAGUGGAGAGAAAAAGCGUAACCCAAAUUGUUUUGUGAAAGCUUUCCGGUGGUAUACACAGGAACGUUGCCCGAAAAGGACAGACUCGAUGAGCACAAAUGCACCAGAAAUAAAGGGUUUUGCGAUGUGGCUAGAUCAGAAAUAUCACGAAUUUAUCCAUGAUGGAGGUACAAAAUACACGUUGAAGCAGACAUCGACCCUGGAAAUUGAAACUAAACCUAACAACUUUCCCUGCGACUCUUGCGGAGCGAAAAAAUUCAGGGGAUCCAAAAGUCCUAGGAAAAGGCAUAGAAAGCUGACGAAUAGCAAAGGAAAUGCUUUAAGAGGUUAUUCGUGUUGUACAUACUGCCCACUAACACAGAAAGCAAAACGUAAAUCGCAAAGUCUCACAAGCGUUGUGCUUGAAAGGGAAGUGUAUCAAAUACCUUACGAUGCAAUUGAUGAUAGAGAUGAUAGAGAUGAGGUGAAGAAAAUCAUUGCUACCAUUGUUGAUCCCAGUCACGGCAAGGAAUUACAAAAUACACCUAAAAGUUUAAAAGCAAGAAGCGGCGAUCCAAAGAAGAACAUUUCCUGCCAAUGCGUAAACGAAAGUGUCACAAUUGACGCCAGCUGUCAAUGUCCGACAAUCAAAACUAAAGUCACGAGUCAAAGCAAAUUGUCCAAAUUUGAAAAGCCGGAUCCAGAGAAACUGAAAAAUGAUGGUCAGAGUGAAGUUGGCAAUGCGUCGCCAAAACCAAUACAGCUGAUGACGUCGGGAAAUGUUUCUGCAUUCACAUAUGGAACUCAGACGUGUGAUAAUCCUAUACAAUUGCCCGCCCAGUACCCAUUGUUCAUGAAGAUAACAUGCCCAGACAGACUACAAUAAUAAAAAUGACA